AUGCACACCUAUCCAUACUGGCGUAACCCAAACGUACUUUGGAAGAAAAGCUCAAUUCUAGCUGCCAAGCCAUUCACAGUCGUCGAAUGCGGGAAACCCCAAAAGGGGGCGUCUGAAAGUGACCAUUUCCACACCGCUAUCGCUCCAGUGCUGACCCUGUCCCAACUGUUUGGGGUGUUCCCCCUACAAAGUGUCCUGAAUCGCGCUCCCGAAAGCAUGACGUUCCGAACGGUCUCCGUGACCUGCGUCGUCAGCGCGAUUUCCAUCUUUGGCGGAUACACGAUGUUACUACUCAGCUUGGUACGUCUAGGUCGUGACCUGAACGCCAUCAACGUUGCCGAGCCCAUCUUUUUUGGCAUCUGUGCCACGAGUUUGGUCAUAUUCUGGCAACUGGCCAAACAGUGGCAAGCCAUCGCCGUUGCGUGGUCCCGUACGGAGCGAACAUUUGUUCGGUAUAAAUCGAACCUCAAAGGAAAAUCCGUUUUGUACGCGGCGCUUCUUCUGAUGGCUCUCGCUGAACAUCUUCUUUUCGUUGCCAACAACGUCAGCUAUAUGCUUAAGGAGAUCGACUACUGCAACUGGACGAUACCAGAUCCGGCCAAGUUUUUCUUUGCAAAGACGUUUACCACGACGUUCCAUACCUUUGCGUACAGUCUACCAAUUGCUAUCUACAAUGAGUACAUCAUCAUAUCGAUGACGUUCGUGUGGAACUUUAUUGAUCUAUUCAUCAUGCUGAUCAGCAUAGGCAUUGCGGCGCGAUUUGACCAGCUACGAGACCGCGUAUUUGACCGCAUCAACAGCUGGACACCGACGACCGAACACUUUUGGGAGCAAAUCCGUAUCCAGUACGUGGCGUUGUGCGAACUAGCCGCAUCUAUCAAUCGUGCCAUUAGCAAGCUGGUAUAUGUAUCCUACGCCAACGACACUUAUUACAUCGUAUUGCAAAUCAUGAACGCGAAUCAGGAGCAACCGUCGGUGGUCAACAAGGUGUACUUUUGGUAUUCUUUCGCAUAUCUUCUGCUUAGGACAUUUCUCAUGUUCUGGUACAGCGCACAAGUCGAACACACGAGUCACGGGAUGUGCCGGUUGAUUCAGCUGGUACCCACCGCAGAAUACUGCGACGAGCUGCAACGGCUGCAGAUGUACACCAAGUGCGGUGCUAGCCUCAACGGAAUGGGUGUAUUCAGCGUUUCGAGGCGGAUUGUGCUGACGCUGACCGGAACGAUUAUCACCUACGAGCUGGUACUGCUCUCCUACCGGGAAGGCUCAUCUGACCAACACUCCACCACCAUUUCAUCAAAGAACCGGUCUCCGUCCAGCGCAAUGGACUCUCUGAACAACGCACUGCGGCCAGUGUUUGUCGUGUACCAGCUAAUGGGCACGUUCCCCGUUGGUGGAAUCCUUCAACGGAGUUCCGUCGGUUUACGAUUUAGGUGGCUCUCGGUGCAGUUUCUCUUCUCCUAA